GAAGUGUUGAACCGGAAGUAUUUCCUACUACGGAGAAUUUAUCUCAUGUUAGUGAGAACUGUUGGUAUAACUAACGUUGUGUUCUAGAAGUUUUUGAAAGAUAACAACUAAUAAAAUGUCUGCAACUUCAGAUACAGAACGUUAUGAUGGAAUGCUGAUGGGCUUAGCACAACAGUGUGAAGGAGGUAUUCAAGAGGUAAUCUAUUUAGAUAUCUACGUAGCCCAGGCGUUAUUAGAUAACUUAUUUAUUAUUAUUAGGUUAGUCGUCUAGUCGUCUAGCUCAUUAAUAAUAAUUAUUAUUUAAAUUAUUAUAAAUAAUAUUUAACAAUAAUAAUAUAUUGAAUUAUCAUUAUUCAUUAUUAAAUAGGAAUUCAUUCAUUUGGCUAUUUUCAUUUUUAUUGAGUUGGUUCUGUUAAGUAAUUUGGUAAUCUUGCAGUUCAGGUGAGUGUAAAGUAAAGUGUAAAGUGUAAUGUUUCUGAUCGAAUUUCAAAUUGUGGCUUGUAAACUUAUGUCAUGUGUAUUCUUUAUAAAAUUUGAAUAAGUUUGAUCUCCUUCCAUUCACCCAUGCCCAUGCAGGAGCCUUGAGCCUUUGUUUGGAAUUAUAUUUAUACACCCCAUAUGAGAAAAAAAAAUGAAUUUUAGGCCCUAUAAAAUAAAGGAACUUCUAAUUAAGUUCAAACCCCCCCCCCCCCCAAAUCUUGCAGUUCAGUUGCGUAUAUUAUUUCUGAUCAAAUUUCGUAUUAUCGCGUGUAAACUUACGUGUGUAUUCUUUAUAAAAUUUAGUCCAGAUAAUAUUAGUUAACACUAACACUAAAUUGUACAGCACUAACUUUUCUUUUUAUUGAUUUUUACAGCCCCCAUUGGUACAUAGCCAAUAGCGUAAACAAUCUCACCAUUUUCUUGUUUUUUAAAAAUUCACUCUACAUGCCAGAUUGCAAUUUUUCAACUGCAAGCAUAUUCACAAAAAACGAAACAAGAAAUUAGAUUUAUAAUAAAUUAUACAAAAAUUAUUUAUUGAUGCUUAACUUUUCAAACUAAAAGCAUGUUCACAAAAUAAAUUUAUAUAAAAUUGGUGUGUAUAUUGGCUAGUUUUAGGAAAAAUUAAAAUUAUGAGUUCAUUACCCUUCAAUACCAGUCUUUGAAUAUGCAUAAUCAAGUGUAUGUGUUCUAAGUUUUUUCUCGUUCCAUUCACCCAUUCCCAUACAGGAGCCCAAUGUUUGGAAUUAUAUUUAUACACCCCAUAUAGGAAAAAAAAAAAAGAAUUUUAGGCCCUAUAAAAUAACUGAACAUCCAGUGACCUCGAACACCCCACCGAUUUCAUUUUUUUUUUGUAAACAUGCCUACAAUUUGAAAAUUUCGUUUAGCAUACCAACCUAUAGGUGAUCAAAAAUCUGGCAAAAGGGUGAAAAAAAUAAAAAAACAAAUAAAUGGAGCUAUGGAUGGUUGGGGGAUGUUCAAAGAGGCUUUAAAAAAUAAAAUAAAAUGAAAAUAAGCGCUGUAUGAUUCAGUAUUAGUUAACUAUCACUGCCUGGACUUAAUUUAAUCAAGAAUGUGCGUAAGUUGACAUGCGAUAAUGUGAAAUUCGAUCAGAAAUUUUAUACACACCUGAACUGCAAGAUUACCAGUAUUUUACUUCUUUACUUAAUGUGCACUAUAGCAGGCCUGCACUACUCAAAAUAUAAGCGGGCCAAACUUUAUGAAAAACUUGUGCGGGCCGAAAGAAAAUGGACCAGGGUUGGGUGGGGGUAAAGCUAUUAAGAAAAUAACAAUCAUAAAUAUAUAUAUAUUUCGUUACUUAUGAAAUAAAUUUAUGUGAUACAUUGCAUCAUGGCAUCAUUUUUCGGUAACAAGUUUGUCAUAAAUAUGAGAUGUGUUGGAAGUGGCUGUUCUCAAGAUGUCUUCCAAAUGAUCAUCACUCAAACAAGAGCGUGGCUUGCAUUUAUUAAUGUUCAUUAUUGAAAAUGACUGUUCACAUAUAUAAGUUGUUCCAAAUACACUAAAAGUUUUAGUGCAACUUCUUAAAGAUUUUUGUACUUGUCACAGUCCAGAUUUUUAUAAAAAUCCAGAAGGCUGCUCUCUCUGUAGAACAUUGUAUGUCGAUAACCUCGAGCAAAAGGGAACUGGUAUGUCCUCAGGAUUCACAGAAAAUGGAUCUUAAAUUAGUUUAAAUUUAAUUUCUUCUUUUUUAGAAAGAGUAAGUCACCAUUUAGUAACUGGGUUUUGAAAAAGUUUCAUAUUCAGUUAAGAAGCUUUUACUGCUGCAAACAUUUCAAAUGCCAUUUGUUUCUUACCUUGAAGUGGAACUUAAAGGCCAUUUAGAUGUGUUGUAAUUUCACAAAAUAAGAAGAGGGCAUGAUUCCAGGACUCUUCUUCAAGCUCAGGGAGUUCCUUUGCUUCGUCUUCUAGGAAUUUAGAUAUUUCCUUCUUCAAAGCUUUUUCCCACUCUUAACCAUCUACUUCUGAAUGGUAUAUUACGUCUCUCUGUAGUCUGCGUCUAUAUCUUCAAGAAAAGCUUGAAAAGUCCUAUGUUUGAGUCCUCUUGAUCUUGCAUAGUUGACUAUUUUGACAACAAUCGACAUGACAUGCUCUAAAUGUAACACUUGGCUACACAAGGCCUGCAAAUGUAUGAUGCAAUGAUAUUUUGUUGUUUGCCUUCCGAUAAAAUGUUCAAGAAGCUCAACUGCUCCCUUAUUAAUACUCGUCAUAUUUUGGGCACAGUCGGUUCAAAUGGCCCCUAAUUUUAUAAAAUCUAAUCCCAACUUCUCUUUCAAGCACUUUUCAAUUCAUUGAAGAUAUCUUUCCGGUUGUGCGACCUGAUAUAGAGCACAUUCCAGCGAGUUAUUUGGUAAUUUCAUAGUUUUUGCAGACCCCUGCCGUUUAAAUGACCAUUACCCAACCACAACAAGUGUUCGCAAUAGCGUCGUUACGGUGUUAUAGCUACACCCGCUGGUCUGUUGGUCGGUAACCCCGCUGUGCGGUUCCCCCAACCCCUGUCCCACACAGGUUCGAACUCUCCACAAUAUAUAUGUAUAUAUUGUAAAAAAUUCAUACAUUAAUAUUAUCAUUCAAGCAUUCUUAUACUAAUUUUCUAUGAAAUGUUUUCAUUACAGCUUCUAGAUGUAUUUUUUGGUUUCCUUGCAAGAAAAACAGAUUUUUAUUCGGGUGCUGGAUCUGACCAAGCAAAAAAGGUGAUAAUGUAACCAAGGCCUUUCCCCUUUUCAAAAAUGAUUUAUUACAUCUUAGCAAUGCUUUUGGUUCCUUGUAAUUCUGACUUUAAUAAGUAAUAGUGUUAAAUUCUAUUAAUAUUAAUUUUGUUAUGUAAUGAUUAUUUUGUUAUGUUUUAGUGCAGUCAAAGAAAACUAACAAUAAAACUAUAGGAUGUUACAUAAUUAUAAAAACAAAGCAGUAAAAAAGGAUGAGAGGAUUUUACUCAAGAAUUAAAUUGAAAUAAUAUAAUUAAAUAUAAUAACUACUUUAGACUCAGCUCCUCAUCAAUACAGUAUAUUAUUUGUGUGAAAAAGUGUGUGUCUUGGAACUGUAAUAACCAGUUGUGAUAUGAUUUUGUAAGCUAUUUACCUUUUGUUUCAUAUUAGUAAAAGGUAUAAUUUAUUUUAAAAAUACAUUUUAACCUAUUAUCAAUACAUUUCUUAAUUUCUUUAUUAUGUAAGCAUUUUAGCAAAGAAUGUUAACAUAUAUUAAAAAAGGACAGUUCUUAACCAGAUUUGACGACUGGAGAAGCUCCAUCAAUGAAUGGUAAAUGCAAAUGAGCAUGGAUUGUGUUAAGAUAUAUGAUUACAAAACUCUUGACAGAGGUGAAUCUCAACACCUGUAAACAAAAUUUCCUCAACAUGAGCUGAAUUUAUCUAUUGGGAAAGAAAAGGUGUUCAAUGCAAACUUUUGUCAUUCUGACUGUACAAUUGAAGCAAACAAUCUAAAGGAAUUAUAUUCAGUGCUCAAGCUUGGUUCAUACUGUGUGUAUCUUAAAACCUUGUUCUUGUCAUGACUUAAUUUAUCCUUUGAGUUAUUUAGUGACUUAGUAUGAUUACCAGUAUUGUCAAAGAGGUGAGCAAAUAUUAUAACAAAUAUAACUAACCAUUGGCAGACUCAAAGACACUUAUCAUAGUUAUUGCAAAAAAGCGUCUGCAUGGUACAAAGCUAUCAGUGCAUUAUCCCUCAAACCUUCAGUCCUUGACCUAUUAUUUUGCUUUAAAACACCUGUAAAAUUAAUUUUUAAUAUGAUUUCUACCUUAUUUCUAAUUCUGUUGCAGAUGGUUCUAACUAAGUUUGAUCAUUAUAAAAGUGUAGUCUGUGAAAGACUGGAAAAAGAAAAGGCAGAGAAAGAGGCAGAAGAAAAAAGAAGGCAAGAAAGAAUAGCUAAAAAGAAAGCAGAAGAAGAGAAGGAAAGAUUGCAAUCAGAGCAAGAACCAAAAAUAAAAGAAUUGACGGAUGAAGAAGCAAAACAAUUAGAAAAAGAUUUACAAAAUGUAAGUGUCAUAAAUGAGAAUUUAUUUAUGUUGUAAUAUAGUUUAUCAGAAGGACUCAUUUAAAAAAAAAUUCUUUAUAUUAACUUUGUUUUUGUGUGUUUAGGGCAAAAUCUUUGGAUGGCUAAUUGACCUACUUCCUGUCAAUCUAUUGAGCUGAAACUUGGCACAUAGACGAGUUGCUGAUGAUUACACAUUCUUUCAAAUUGUCAGCCCCAUCGCCCCAACCACAAACCCCAUAGAUCAGUUUUUCCUGUUUUUUAUGGGGAAGAUGAAGGAAAUAUGAUGCCACUGAUGUCACGAAAUAAAAUUCCUCUUAACUGCAUUAAAUGAGAUUCAUAAAAAUAUUGCUAGUGAGUAAUAUUUGGUGUAAAAGCGGGUGUGGCAUUUAAAGAUUAAUAUAAAAAUAAUAAAAAAUGCUUAUAAAGGAUUUAUUAAAAAAAACUUUGUUUUUAAGGGUUGUUUUAAUUUGUAAUUCUUAUGGAAAUGAAGUUAAAGUUAUCUGGCCUUAGUCACAGACUUGCCAUUUGCCCACACAUCGUUUGAAGCAGUUCAACUUACGCUGUCAGUGCCCCAGCAGAGUGUCCAUUUUAUGUGCAUUUAUCGCAUCUGUCCUAGCAGGAAAAAUAAACUAACUAAUGCUGUGUUUCAUCGGGAGUUCCCGGAUCUGCUGGAUCGUUGCAACACAUUGGCUGGCACUUACAUCGUAGUAGGCGAUAUGAACUUUCACUUUGACAAGUCAAAGAACACCUCCACUGCAAAGAUGAUGGAUCUUUUGGACUUAUUUAGUCUUAGGAAAUCAGUCGACCAACCGACUCAUAAUUGUGGACAUGUCAUUGAUUGGGUGCUACAUAGGCCUCAGGAUGGUUUAGUUAACUCUGCCACCAUUGCCCAAGAGCUUUCCUCAGACCACUUCUGUGUUGUUUGUUAGCUUAGCAUUAGUGCCUCUUCUCCUGUCCAUCAGUUCAGGGAGGUCCGCAGUGUGAGUGCUAUAAAUAGGGAUGCUUUUAUACAUGAUCUGAGUUUGAAAGUGUCCCCCGAACUCUGCCCUACAUUGGAAACACUAGACAGUGCAUUGCGCACUGUGUUUGACCAGCAUGCCCCCCUCACUCACCGCAGUGUUAGACCAGCACGGUCGGCUCCCUGGUACACCAAUAUAAGGGAAGAAUUACACAGUGCCAAGAAAGAGCGACGAAGUGCAGAAAAGAAGUGGCUGAGGUCAGGUCUUGUUGAUUUUAGGCAGAUGUAUUAUGGUGCCAAGAAACGUGUGACCAGGAUUGUUUGUUGUGCUAAGACUUUGUAUUUUAACCAAAAGAUAAUUAUGGGUAAAACCAGCAGGCAGUUGUUCGAUGUUUGUGCCCACCUCAGAGGGAGUAGCAAAGGUAUUUCUCUGCCUUCAGUGUAUCCGUUGCCCCAUCAAACGGAUAUUUUCUGUAAUUUUUCUUGCAAGGAAAAUUGCUGACAUUCGCGCUGAGCUUGAUCGUCUUGACAUAUCACCCCUAGAUUUGCCUCCAUUUUCUUAUGUUAAUUCACAUUUUGAAGUUUUUCAACCGGUGUUAUUUUAAAGUCUAAACCUCCUGUUGGUUGAGUCGUUAGAUCAUUUGCUCCCAACAAUAACCCAUAUAGUCAAUGAAAGCUUGUUUUCUGGCACUUUUCCCCCUAUUUGUAAGUCAGCUGUCAUCAAACCAUUGCUUAAGAAGCCUGGUCUGGAUGAAAAUAAUUUAAAAAAACUAUAGAACUGUAUCUAACUUAUCAUUUUUAUCUAAAGUCAUUGAAAAGCUUGUACUUAAACAACUUUUUGCUUACUUAAAUGACCACUCUCUUCUCAGUCCUACUCAGUCGGCCUAUAGACCUUUCCAUAGCACAGCUCUCCUGAGAGUCACCAAUGACCUCUUGCUGGUACUGGACAGUGGUGAUAUCUCCAUCCUGAUCCUCUUAGACCUCAGUGCGGCCUUUGACACUGUUGACCAUGAAAUCCUUUAUAAAACCCUGGAAAAUUACUUUUGAAUUUCGAGAUCAGUUUUGGCUUGGUUUAGGUCCUAUCUCUCCAAUAGAACGCAGGCGGUCGCUGUCUAUCUGGCAGUGCUGACUUGGUGUACGGAGUGUCCCAGGGGUCCGUUUUAGGCCCGGUUCUAUUCAUAAUGUAUACCAGGCCACUGCUCCUCUUGCUCGGCAGGCAUGCUGCGGAGAGCCAGUCAUUCGCAGAUGAAACACAGCUAUACAAGCAUAUCCAUCCCUCUCUUGUCGAUUCUGCUAUCUGGACUUUGCGGGAGAGCAUUGAUGAUGUCAAGACAUGUAUGACACUCAGCAAGUUGAAGCUCAACGAUGACAAAACGGAAGCACUCCUUAUUCACGAUCAUAAAUCAUCCUCUAACUCAGCUCUCCCCACUUCAUUUCAUGUAGGUAACUCCGAUAUACAUUUUAUAUUCUCCGCUAGGAAUCUUGGUUAUAUUCUAUCUAACAACAUGUCUCUCAAUAAUCAUAUCUCUCACAUUUGUCGCUCUGUAUACACCACCAUUCGUCAGAUAAGCUCCAUCCGCCAAUAUCUUACAGUUGGUGCAACAAAAACCCUAGUCUGUGCUCUUGUUCUCUCUCGUCUUCACUAUUGUAAUUCUCUUCUAUCAGGUUCACCAAAACACUUCUUAGAAAAAUUACAAAAGGUUCAAAACUCAGCCGCUAUGCUAAUUCUAAAGGCUAGAAAACGUGAUCACGUCACACCACUACUUCAUUGGCUCCCUAUACAAGCACGUAUUAACUACAAACUCUCUUUUCUCUGCCACCACUUUUUCUCCAAUUCCCCCCCCCCCCUUCCUAUCUAACCGAACUUCUCUCUGUCUAUUCACCCCUUCGACAGCUUCGCUCCUCCGCAGACGCGCAUAUUCUUUCUGUCCCCAAGACUCGCACAAAAACAUACGGUGAACGAUCUUUCUCUUUCUGUGCACCCAAACAAUGGAAUUCUCUUCCGUUACACAUUCGCAAUACACCGACCAUCACAACCUUCAAAACUGCACUCAAAACACAUCUCUUUAAUCUCUACUAUCCUGACUGAUUCCCCUCUCUGACCGAAAAACGAUGGGACUGAGUGUCGUCCAUGGCUUGAGAUGUAAAUAGUUUUAAAUAUACAUUUGUUUUGUUCUAUUUAAUUAAUGUAUGUAUGUCAAUUAAUUAUUUUAGUUUUUUUUAUGUUUGUUAAAUUGUAUUUACAGCGUGGUGAGCCCAGUACCACGCUAUAUGAAACCACAUAUAAUAAAAUAAUAAAAUUAAAAAUAAACUGGAAACAACACAAAUCCUUGGUACCGAAGCAAAAUUUGUGCGAUUUGCAGGGAUGCAGCUAUUUGCAGAUUCAAACCAGUGUGUGAAAUCAUUCCGUGUUAGCACAUAUGACAGAAACGGGGCUACUUCAGAGUUUGUUAUUUCCAGAAUUCACUGAAUAAUAAUGAUUAUUUAUUCCCUUCACUUAAAGGAAUAUAUAAGGAUUUUACACCUGUUAAUGAUUUAAAUUUGUAAAAAAAAAAAAAAAUUGUGGUAUGGAUUUUUUUGGGAUAAAAUGAAUAAUUUUGAUGUUGCAUAUUUUCAGAAAGUGAAUAAUGAAUCUGAAAGCAUAAGCAAAGAUGUGGAGGAAAUAAAUGAAAAGGUUUGUGAUAUUCAAUUUUUUGUACAAAUUAAAAUGAAAGACGUGACUUAUACUUAUAUUUGUCUGCUCCACUUAAAAAACAAACAACCUAUGAAAUUGUAGUAUACGUGGUUUACAGUCUCAUUACGUGACCUUUUUUCAGACUGCCAGUGAUGAUGAGGAAGAUGAGAAGGACAAAGGGAAAAUAAAACCAAAUGUUGGAAAUGGGGCAGAUAUGCCAAAUUAUUCUUGGACUCAAACAUUACAAGAAGUUGAGGUAAAUUGUAAUCUAUUAUGUGUUAAGUCCUUAUUAAAAUAAGGCUUAAAAAAUAGAACAAUUAUGGAAAAAAUCAAUUGAAAAAAAUCAACAAAUGAUUGGUGAUUGGAUUUAUUCCAAAACUAAAGAAAACCUUUCAAGUUUGGGAGUUUUAUGUGUUCUAAACAAAUAUAAAGUAAUUUAUCCUUUUGGUGGGAUGUUAUUGAACAUUUAAAAACUUAAUUUUUAUAUUGAUAUAAAAAGUGAAACAUUUGUAUGUUCUAGUCAGUAGAAAUGAGUUUCUUUACGAUAUUUAAAUAAAAACUGUAAUAAUAUUCCAUGCUUUUUAAUAAAUCAAAUUUACAUGUCACAGAAAUCCUUCAGCGUUUAUAAAAGAAAUGUGAUAUUAUGAAUUACUGCUGAACCCUUCCAAUAUGGAAGUAGUUCAAAUGUUUGUUUCCAGACAGAAUAUCCUAUUUUGCAUAAUAUUUUGAUAGUCACACAUCUCUUCUCUUUCGGUAAAAUGGUUCUGUCAUAAACAAGAUUUAGCAUGAUAUUUUUCCUUUUGUAAAUUUGCAACCAUUCUGACAACUCAUAGAAAAAGGAUCUAUUAAACCUUAAUUUGAAAUAAUUGAAAUUAAUAUUUUUUUAAACUUCAAAACUACUGAUUAUGGUCAGAAAAAUGUUUCCACUUGAUCAGCCUCAGACUUUGGUAGUGAGCAAUGUAAUUGUUUGACUAAAAACAAAAAGGUUAUUAUAAUUGAGAAUGCUCUCCCAGUUAAGAUUUUUAAUCAUUGUUAGUUAGAGAGGACUAAGAAAUGGAAAGCUAAAUAACUUUAUUUACAACAGGUAAGGAAAAUGAUAAAGGAAAAGUAAUUUUAUGAAUAUAUUUUUUUUUUAAUUUCAGGUACGAGUUCCAUUUAAAGUAUCAUUUCCACUGAAGGGAAAAGAUGUUGUUGUGAAUUUUGAGAAAAAGGUAAGUGAGAAAUAAGCUAAAUUAUAGACUACCUAUUCUUUUGUUUGCCUUUGGUUUAACACAAUGAAAUUGAAAAGGAAAACUUAAUAUUUCAUAAACAUGAAUUUAUUCAGAGAUGGUUGGAAAUAAUUUCUUACAGAAGAGUAUCCAGCAAGAUAUUUGUUAGGUUAGAAUAUUUAUUUUAUUCACAUUUAUGCUCAUAUUUCUGUUUAAUGUGUCAUAAAACACUGUUUCUUUAUACUGAAUUCCUUUCAAGCUUGUAAGUGUUUUUAAACUUGACUACAAGAAACCUAUAUUUUUUUUAAUAAGAGCUAUCCCGAUAAUUCCUAUUUCAUGCUUAUUUUGUUUCUGCCAUAAAGAAAGGGGCAUGCACAUAUUAUAUUUCAUAUCAUACAAUAAUAUGACAAUUUUGACAUAUUUUAUAUAAUGCGGUACAAUAAUAUGACAAUUUUUACCCACCUCUACCCCUUAUAAUGUUAUAUAACAUUUCCAUUAACCAAAAACAUGCGGAAAAAAGCAAAUUUCAAUUAAUUCAAACAAAACAGACAAUAUAUUGCUUACAAUAAUGUGCAUAUUAUUGUAUCCAAAAAAUACAUUUUAGUUUUUAAUAAUCUAUGCUAGUUUCUUAAAUUUGAAAAGAAGAAAUUUUGCAAAAAUAAGGAUUAAUUUAAAAAAAAACCAUUAAAAAAUGUUAUAUAACAUUGCUGUUUCCCACCCCACAUAACUUAAUGAUAAACUAACCCUUUCGCAUUAUAAGUAUAAGGUAUGUGCACUAUACCUAAUGGGAUAUACAUUAUUUAUGAUUACUUGUGUUUAAGCAUUUUUUGUGGAGAUUGGUGUUACUUUUUUUUUGCUUUAGUUCCUUUGUUGAGUAACCCAUUUUGCUAUUGAUAUUUAUGAAAGCACCUAAAAUUAAAAAAAUAUAUAACCUUUGGUUCCAACAGAAAUUAUAUAUUGGUCUUAAAGGACACCCACCAGUGAUAGAUGGCACAAUGUAUAAUGAUAUCAAGGUUGAGGAAUCAACGUGGUGCAUUGUAGACGGCAAAACUAUACUCUUAAAUAUGGAGAAAGUGAGUUUUUAUAGUGACUGAUUCUUUAAAAAAAAUGUUUUACUUAACUAUUAAGCAAGAAUACCAAUAUAUCAUAAAUGUGUCUUAAGAUAAUGUCGAAUGAUAGUUCUUUGAUUUUUUUGUGUCAAGAAUCAUUUAUGUAUAAAAAAAAUUAUUAUUUGGUAAUUUAUUUUCCAAUUUCUUUCAAUAGUUGUAAUGUGCUAUUGAUUUUUGAAAAAACCCUUAAAUACUCCAGAUUGUAUUUUGCCCCAUGACGGUGACAAGAGAAAAAAAAAAGACGAUUUAUUAUUUAUUUUGAAGGUUUAUGGAAACAAAUUUAUAUAGUAAUAUCAUUGAGUGUAUUUUUAAUAUUACUCAUAACCUUAGGUUAACCAAAUGGAGUGGUGGAGCAGGGUUGUCACCACUGAACCUGAGAUUAACACAAGGAAAGUACAGCCAGAAAAUUCUAAGGUAGUAUGUUCACCUAAUCUCCAGCCUUUGUUAUUCUUACGGUCAUUAAAAUAUACUGUUCUAUUGGUUUAUGUGGUGCAUUGUUUUUUACAUUUUCUAGUUUAUUUUUUGAGUUGGACGAGUUUUAAAAAUUAUACGUUUCUAUAUAGCCCCUAAGGUUUUUUGAAAAUAGUAUUGGCAAGUAUAGCAUUACAGAGAGCUAUAUAUUUUAACCAUUUUCACUAUGAUUUACCUGUCUUUUGCGUGAACUGUAGGACUAAAUUAAGGUUGCACCAAUUUAUAGGCGGUUAGUCUAUCAUUCUGUGGAUUAAUUGGUAACUGCAUUUUUUAAAGAUAAUUCAAUGGGCUUUUGGAAUAUUACAAAAUGUUCCAUAUUUCUUAGAUUUAAACCUGAAAUUGUGUUUUUUAUAAUGUACCAAAACAAAUAUAUGCAAGUCUCUAGGGGGCGCUAUAGAUGGUUAUCUCUUUAUUUCCCCACUGGUUUUUUUUUUUCUGUGUUGUUAUUAAUUUUAACACAAUUACAAGGUGGUUGCCAUAUAAAAAUUACUAAUUUUAUUCCAUGCUGCAAACGGAAAAGAUUUUGAUAAAUUAAUAUAAUUAUAAUGUAACUGACUCUUAUGUUAUUUUGGUUAGGAUGUUCCUAGUGGUUAUUUUGUAUGUCUCAAACUGCCCUAGAAUGUGAUAAGUCACAUGAGUUCUCUUGUUUACAAGGGCUCAAAUAGUACAAAAAGAUGAAUUCAAAGCAUUAUUUUGUGUGCAUUUAAAUCACAAGUUAAAUCACUCAAGUGCAUUAUGGGCAAUGACUUAUUAUAUAAAUGGCUUUGCAUUAAGCUGGUCCAAAUGGUGGGAUGCUGAGAAUUAAGAUAAAAUAUUAAAGUGUGUAAAUUAGGGAAAUAUGGGGAGGACUGCGUUCAGGUUGAAGCAGUAAGAACAUAUACACAGGGUAGAAGAAAACCCAAAGAAGGGCAAUACAAAAUAGUGGACAUUUCAGCCAAAAAGCCAUCUACAAUAAAGAAACAGAGACAAGCACUGAGCUUUUUAUAUAGAUAUGUAGUUGACAGGAAAUAGUAGGCAUAUUCAGUUACGUAAGUGACCCAUAAAAUCAAAGAAUUGAAGAUUACUAUAAAAGAGCGAGUUACGGUUAGCAAGGAUGUUGGAUGUAAGGCAUAAUCAUGGAAAGAACACAGAAGGCAAAUGGGUGCUUGUCUUACCUACAGCUAUUUGUGAAUCUACAAAGAGAGAAAAUAAUCCGAAAAUUAAGUGUUUGCCUUUGUAUGGUUCAGAAAGAUGGCAGUCACUAAAGAAAGAUGUUGGUCAGAAAAGAAGGAUGACAUUCAGUAAAGAAAGAUUGGAAAAGACUUUGAAACCUCCAUGAAUAGUUUACUGCCAAGAAACCUUAAUAUCAGGUGGCUCCACAAAAUCACAAACGUAGCAAUAUAUAGGUCAUUAGGGUCACUUCCAUAAUUGUCUACCAUUUUCUCAACUACAUAUCUAUACAACAAUCUAAGAUUAUUUGUCUGUGUGUUUCUUCUUUCUUUCGUGUAAAUGAGGGACAAUUUUGCAUUGGUCAUACUUAAAGGUUGAACCAUGUACCCAACAGCAUAGCUGGUAUGAGAGUAUUGGCAGCUUCCCCUAAGACAGUGGUCUGCAACUCGUAGCUCUUUGAAAGAAUAGUUGUGGCUCUUACUCUUACUUAUGCUUGAUUUAUAUUGCCUGAGGCUCCAAAAAUAUUUUUUAAAACUGAUAUAAUUUUUUGAAAUUGACACCUCACUCAAAAAAUUUUUUUUUUAGAUAGGAUGAAAAGAUAUAUUAUUUGUACACAAGCCUUAAGUGAUACUUUGACGAUAUCAGCCUUUGAUAGUAGUGAUUCGCUCAUUAAUGGAUCUCUUCUGACCAAACUAGUUGUGGCAUAAUUUAGUUCAUCAUAACUAUACUAGCAAAGGUGUACUAGUCAUGCUUAGAAUUUCCCAGUCCACAUGUUUUGGAUAAGAGAAGUGCUAACAACAGUAUGGUCACCUGAUUAUAAUAAAUUAAUAAUUCUUUACUGCUACUCCCAAAUACAAUUAUUAUCUCUGUCAUUGUAAAGGACCCAUAUAUUGAAAUAUUUAUUCUACAUUUUCAAAGCAAAUUACAUAAAAAUGCUUGGCCAUAACCUAUGCAAGCUAGUUUGUUUAUUCAAUUAUUGGUGCAACCUAAGACUAAAGGGUUGAAUAAAUAAUGAAUAAUUGUAUAAUUGGAAAGUACACUUCAUUUUUGAUGUAUUGUAUUUAUGAAUUGAAUUGUCUUCUACUUUUGUAUAUAUUGUAUCUAGCUGUCAGAUUUGGAUGGUGAAACAAGAUCUAUGGUAGAGAAAAUGAUGUAUGACCAGAGGCAAAAAGAGUUGGGACUACCUACUUCUGAUGAGCAGAAAAAGCAAGAUGUUUUGAAAAAGUAAUAAUCACUUAUUAGAAUAAGAAACAUUUUGGAUCCACUUUAAUUUAUACAGAAUUCCUUCUUUAAGUGUUACUGCCUGCAAAAAAAUCUCUUUUCUCUCUUAGUAAAAUAUAUAUAGCAUCAGUAAAAGACCACUUUAAAAAAAGUAUGUGUAUAACUUUUUCCCCUUCAUUUUUACAUUUAGGUUUAUGGAACAACACCCUGAGAUGGACUUUUCUAAAUGCAAGUUUUCAUGAGCUUUUGAUGGCCACUUCAUUAUUAGAUAACAUUUUAAGCACAUUGCAUCUUAUUUUUCUAAAUUCUGGCAUUUGACUGUAACAGUAACAUAGUAAACAAUUUUAACACCAUGAACAAGAAAAAUACCUAAAAUUCAAAUAUCAUGGUCACCAAAUUUGCUUUAUAUUACAAAAUAUGUUUACAGUUCAUUGCAGAUCAAAUUAAAUACAUCACUUUUUUUCCCUACUGAAUGAAAUUACAAAUUCCAUUAUUAGAUAAAAACUUAAUGUUUUGAAUGUCUAAUUAUGCAUGUUGUUGAAAAUGUGAUGAAAGGUUGUUUUUACAAAUAAAUUAUCAUAUUACCUAAUAUUUGUAAAUAUUCCAUUAAAUUUGUUUCCAGUU